AACGCAGCCCCACUGGAGCUCUAAUCUGCCAUUCUUCCAUCUUCCUUUUGUUUCUGUCGUGUGUUUUUUCAUUUGGUCUUUUUUCCUCCCCUUUUCCUUUUUCGCCGUGUUCUGCUGGGGACUUGUGAAUGGCAGCCAAUGGGAGGGUUGAGUCCCCUCAGCCUCUCAGCCUCCCUGACAUCCACAGCGAGAAGUGAUGCAGCGCGACUGAGACGCGCAGUUGAGGUGGAACAACGGGCAACAAAAGCUGCAGUGAACGGAUACACUUGGCUCCGACGUGCGCCUUCGCAACCGUGGGAACAUUUCCUCCUAGAAUAAACUUCAUUAUCAGGUGCUGUUUGCUGCCCUAUGUGAGUCUGAGGAGCCUUUCCUGCUUCAGUAAAUUACAGCAUGAGGACUGAUCUGAUACUCUGACCACAAAAAACACUGGACACAGACCACUGAGGGGGGAGAAGACAGAAGGUUGUGGUGGUGUGGCCAUGGAUAGAAGGAAAGUUUGCGUAUUGAUGGUGCUGUGGGCCAUGGCCCACCUCAGCUCUCCAGGGUAUGGGCUCAGGGCCCUGCGAAGGACUACAGGGGGGCGGAGGGGGUCCACAGGGCUGACAGGACAGGACGCCAAUGGAGUUCCACUCAGGCGCUCCAAACGAGGUUGGAUGUGGAACCAGUUCUUUUUGUUGGAGGAGUACACCGGGACAGACAUGCAGUAUGUCGGAAAGCUUCACUCAGAUUCAGAUCGAGGAGAUGGAAGUGUGAGGUACGUCCUGACAGGGGAGGGAGCAGGGACCCUCUUCAAGAUAGACGAGAAGUCAGGGGACAUCCACGCCACCAAGAGGCUGGACAGGGAGGAGAAGGCCUAUUACAUCCUCCACGCCAAAGCCGUCAACCGCUUCACCAACGAGGCGCUGGAGGGUCAGUCCGAGUUCAUCAUCAAGAUCCACGACAUCAAUGACAAUGAGCCUCGAUUCACUAAGGACCCGUACAUGGCCAGAGUCCCAGAAAUGUCUGACAUCGGCACCUCUGUAAUUCAGGUGACAGCCACAGACGCAGACGACGCCACGUACGGGAACAGCGCCAGGGUGGUGUACAGCAUCUUGGAGGGCCAGCCGUACUUCUCUGUGGACCCAGAAACCGGCCUCAUCAAGACAGCCCUGCCUGGCAUGGACAGAGAAGUCAAAGAAAACUACCAGGUUGUGAUCCAGGCUAAAGACAUGGCCGGGCAGAUGGGCGGCCUCUCGGGAACCACAACGGUCAGCAUCACCCUCUCCGACGUGAACGACAACCCGCCGCGCUUCACCAAGACCCUCUACGAGUUCCGAGUGCCCGAGUCCAAUGAGCUUGGGUCUACAGUGGGAGUGAUCCGGGCCAUGGACGCCGACAUCGGCGAGAACGCAGAGAUGGACUACAGGAUCAUCGGGAGCGAUGGUCCCGGCAUGUUUGAUAUCACCACCAAUAGAAGUACACAGGAAGGCGUCAUCGUGCUGAGGAAGCCGCUGGACUUUGAGAGGAAGCGUCAGUACAGUCUCCGCGUUCAGGUGGAAAAUGUCCACAUCAACCCUCGCUUCUUCUCCGUGGGCCCCUUCAGGGACGAGGCCACCAUCAAGAUCACCGUGGAGGACGUGGACGAGCCGCCGGUGUUUGAGCGCGCCAGCUACGUCAUGGAGGUCAAAGAAGACGCAGCCAGGAACACUGUCAUUGGCUCCGUCAGCGCGUCUGAUCCCGAUGACAAGAACAGUCUUGUGAGGUACACUAUUGAUCGGCGCACGGAUAUGGACAGAGUGUUCAACAUCCAUGCGGGCAACGGGUCAGUGUUCAUCCUCAGGGAGCUGGACAGAGAAGAGAACGCUUGGCACAACAUCUCCGUCAUCGCCACAGAGUUCAACAACCCGCGACAGAUCAGCCGUGUGCCUGUUUACGUCAGAGUGCUGGACGUCAACGACAACGCUCCAACAUUUGCUACCAAUUAUGAGACAUUUGUGUGCGAGAACGCCAAGGCUAAUCAGAGGAUACAAACCGUCAGCGCCACAGAUCCUGACGAGCCACUCGGAGGACACAGAUUCUUCUUCAGUCUUGCACAGGAGGCUGCUGGGAAGGCUAACUUCUCUGUCCGUGAUAACAAAGACAACACGGCCUGGAUCCUAACACGGAGGAACAGCUACAACAGUCUACAGAAGAGCAUCUACCACGUGCCUGUGGUUAUUUCUGAUGGCGAGUUCCCCAUGCAAAGCAGCACCAACACCCUGACCAUCAGAGUGUGCACGUGUGACCGUGAGGGCAACAUGAAGCUGUGCAAUGCUGAAGCACUCACAGCAAGGGCAGGACUCAGCACGGGAGCCCUGGUGGCCAUUUUGCUUUGUGUCAUCAUUCUUCUCAUGAUCGUGGUGCUGUUUGCUGCCCUGAGGAGACAGAGGAAGAAGGAGCCUCUGAUCAUCUCCAAAGAGGAUGUCAGAGACAAUGUUGUCAGCUACAACGACGAAGGCGGCGGAGAGGAGGACACUCAGGCCUUUGAUAUUGGCACGCUGCGCAACCCAGAGGCCAUCGAGGAGAGCAAGCAGCGUAGGGACAUCGUCCCCGAGACCUUUUACCCUCCAGUUCGACGGUCUGUGUUGCCCCCAACCAGGGACAAUAACGGGGACGUGAGAGACUUCAUCAGCCAGAGGCUUCAGGACAACGACAGCGACCCAACGGCGCCGCCUUAUGACUCCCUGGCCACCUACGCCUACGAGGGAAACGGCUCUGUAGCGGAGUCCCUCAGCUCGCUUGAGUCGGUGACCACCGAGGGCGACCAGGACUACAACUACCUGAGCGAGUGGGGACCCCGGUUUAAGAAACUGGCGGACAUGUAUGGGGGCGACGACAGCGACAGGGAUUCCUAACGAGAGCCUGGCACACAGAUGAGGAAAGAAAUGUGAAACGAAAACACGUUUAAAACUUUCGGGCAAUUCUGGUGCAUGUGUGGCGAGAAAAAUGGCGAAAGGACUGAGAAACAAGCACUGUUUGUCUGAGUGCUCUUUCACCGCCAUCGAUCACCAUUCAGUUGUCCCUCCGGUGACCAGACGUAGGCUUUGUGUGUCCAGUCAGUGUUAGUUGCGUUUUUGCGAGGGUGCAGUAAAAAGAGACUUUGUGUGUAUAUACAUGAGGCCCAAAUAUAUCUAUUCCGAUAUUUUCUUUUUUGUUUGUUUUUCCAAAGCUGCGUGUGAUGGACACGUUCAACAAGCAGUUUUGUAAACCAACAGAUAUGCCUAUGUAUUUUUCAGUGUUUCUGGGACAAAAACAUGCUGCAUAUUGUGAGUUCUAUCUUAGCUUGUGUACGUACGGUAAUAUGAUACAAUACGCUGUACAGUUGUUUUGUUUUUCUAGGGAUUUUUAUUGUCUAAAUGAGCCCCCCUUUCAGCCAUGGCUGCCUCACAUUAGCCACUUAACCACAGUUGUGCUUGAGCCAGAAAAUUUUGGCAUCGUCAUCUUUGAUGAGAAAUCUCGAUACAGAUUGGAUGGGAGAGAAAUACAUCAAAAUUUGCGUUAGUUGUGGCACGUUGCUGUCGACAAGUGGCUAAUGCUCUUUAAAGCUUACAUGAAGCUGUGGUAAAGCAAUGUGGAUUUUAACACCCGCAAAGACACCAGUUUGUCAUUUUUGCAGUAUCGGAUCUCCACACAGCUUUGAGCAUUCGCUGUGAGGUGAGGCCAAAUACCAAAUAUUUCUUUAUUGCGCUGAAUGUCUUCAGAACCAUUUUUCUCUGUGCAGCCAACUCAACUGAAAAAUUAAGUACACAGAAUAGUGAUAUUUUCUACGAUACAUUGAUUAAAAAAAAAAAAAAAAAAAAUCAAAAAUCACCAAUCUAAUGUACACCAGGCUCAGUUAGAGGAAAAUACUGGUCUUUUUGGACUUUUCCGCUCAUCUUGACCACAAAAAUAUGUAAAUGGUUCACUCUGUACAGCAUGGUUUAAGUCGAAGUCACAUUAACUCCCAGUGCUGAAAGGAUUUCACUGAACUUGAAACCAUGGUAUCAAAUUUGAUUAAAUGAAAUAUCUCAUGGACUGUUACCAUUAAAAUUCAUCAUGCAAUUUUAUUUUCAUCCCCUAAAUUGUUCAUUUUAUCUGUUUAGGUGAUGAAGAAAAACAGGAAAAGUAGCAUUUGAAUCAAUGUACCUAACAGGAACGAUGAUAUUCUGAUUGGAAUAUUGGAAAAAUGAUUGUGUUAUUGUGUUACGUAAAAUUAAGUGUUUAAACUUGGACUCUGAUGCUUUGUCACGUGAAGUAUAAAAGCUUUACAGAUGGACAAAGUCUAUGAUAUGAAUCAAAAGAGUUGCCUUAAAUUAUAAAAACAGAACAAAGUAAAAAAAAAAAAUUGGUCUAAAUGACCAUCUAAAAUGUACCACAUGACCUACCGCAUUAUAUAUAUAUAUAUAUAAUAUAUAUAUAUAUAUAUCAUGAUUUUGUGUCCUGAGAGGGGCCCUGCACAGUCGAAUGUAUAAUAAUGUAACAUAGCAGUUCAACAAUGGAAAUGUGCCAAAAAGCAAAGGACACCAGUAUUUUCCUUUAAAAACCGUCCUCUUUCUAUACUCUGUUCCCUGCCCUUUAUUACAUGUGCUGUAUGUAGUGUUGAACAUGAAGCCAGUCCAAGUGUUUAGGCUUUACCCAACUGAUUUCCUUACUGAUGGCUUAUCAAGGGGCACCUGACCUUUGAGUGGUGUGGAAUAAGAUUCUUAAACCCAGAGGUGUGUCCUCAGCUCAGAGAGGUCAAAACGUUAUCCCGCAGCAAGAAGACAUGACUGUCUUGUUUUUAAUGUGAUUUAGAAAACAAAAGAAAAAAAAAUUAUCUAAUUUUCAAAUUGUUUUAAGAUCUCCCACCUAUGAAUAUCCAGUUUUGAAAUAAAGAGGUCUGGUGGAACUUUGAGGGCAGAAUGAUAUCAAGAAGAAAAAACAGACCUGCUAAAACAAGCUCUGCUCUCACUUUAGCAAAAGGCCAACCUGUGAAGAGGCUGACAUUUUAAACAGUAAUAACAAAACACAAUGACAUAAUUGCCACAGUGGUACACUUUUUCUCUCUGUACUCUGAAACAGGCUUGACAUCAACGAUGGUGCAGCACAUUAAACAAUCCAAUUGAUAACACAGUGGUUGGAAAAUUCUUUAUGCUCGGCUAUUGUAUACAUGUGCUCUCUUUUUUGCCCCCAUGUUUUGUUUAUUAGCUUGUUGCUGGAGCUCCCAUUGUGUAAGUGGCCAUUUCAGACUGUGGCAAUGUUGCUAUGAUAAGCAUUUAAUGGGUUUAGAAAGCCUUCACUCUAAGAAAACUGCUUUUCUGCCCUAAGGUACAAUGUGAGGUCUCAAAUGGAAAUCAACAUGACAGAAGCACUCACCAAAAGCAUUUUUUCCUUCAGUCUUCACUAUUUUCUGUCUUCAUACAGGGUGUCAGCGUAUCGCCAUUACGAAGACGUGCUUGUGUUUUCCUAUGGAGACUAUAAUUGCCUCCAAGCAUUGGCGCCAUGCUCAGCUAAGAUAACAGAAAAUGUUGCACAUCGUAAUGUGCCGCACCGCCUUGGAGUAUUUUUUUUUUUUAAGUUGAGGCAACUACAUGGUGACGCUGAUGUUCUCUUUCUCCAGAUACAAUAGAUCUGUGGUUGUUGAUGUGUAGACACGGUCGGCCUCGGGGCUCACCUCUACUACGGUAUAUUAUGUUGGUGACAAUGUGAUUGAGCAGUCGAGUUUUGUCGAUGUAGAAACAAUUUGAGAGGUUGUGGUAGUGUAAGGGGCCCUACAUCAUUGGCCAUUCAUCAAUCUGCUUUGUAAAACGUGAUAUUUUGUACUGAAUAUUUAUAUGACACGAAUAAAUAUCUUUAAAAUCA